AUGCCCUCGGUGUAUAUGCAGAUAAAACUUGCUCUUCAUGAAGCAACUUAUGGAAACAGGAGAUCCACAAAUUGCAACUGGGCGGUAGCUGAAUUCGUACACUGCAUCUUUGAGCUUGGAAUCUAUUUAAUUUCCCGCCCAGUGAUCAGGCCAUUUUUCUUGGCAUAUACUGGGACACGCCAAUUCUAUUGCAAUAUUCUGAUUGUGGUUUUCUUUAAAUUUGUGGCAACAAUGCCAGGCAACUUGGGCAGUUGGUUCGGUCCUACUGUUAGCACGGUCAUAACUCCACUCAAAGAUGUUUUCUUCACACAUGCAAUGUAUUGCUUCAACACUGGCAAAAAUGUGAGAGAUCAUAAUAGGGCUACUAAAACUUUGAUUGGCAUACAAAAAGGCGUCCAAGGUGAGAUCGAAGCUGGUAUCCAGAAUGGCUUGAUGGCAACAAAUGAAGCAAACUUUUGGCUGGAAAGGGCAAAUAAAGCUAUAUCUGAAGAAGAGAGAAACCAUCAACUAUAUGACAAUAGGUGCGCAAUAUUUGCUUGUUGCUCCUUAAAUUGCUGGGCGAACUAUAAAAUUGGUAAGAGAGCAGCUGAGAAGCUGCCUGAUGUGGACGCAUGUGUCAAUAAUAUACCCAGAAAUGUUACAGAAAAUCGACCGCCACCUUUUGUCAUAGAUAUCCCUGUCCAGUUUGCUCAACUGCCAAGUCAUGAGAAGGUCCUCCUGAGUGCUCAGAAAUGCAUUGAGGAUGAUCGAGUCGGAAUGAUUGGAUUAUGGGGUCCAGAUGGAACUGAGAACACGCAUCUUCUCAGGAAGAUCAACAACUCCUUUAUUGGAGACUCUACAUAUUUUGUUAUCUUUGUGACGGCCUCCAAAGAAUGCUCAGUAGACAAGAUUCAAGAUCAAAUCAUACAACGGCUUGAAAUAGGACUGUAUGAUGAUGUGGCAUGUAAAGCCUCCAACCUAUCUAAACUACUCAGGACAAGAAACUUUCUUGUGUUGGUGGACGACCUUUAUGAGAAGCUAGACCUUCUAGAAGUUGGCAUUCCAUUUCCUCUUGGUAUCGUGGGAGAACUUAAGAGGAAAGUGGUAAUCACGUCACGAUCAGAAACUGUAUGUAAUCAAAUGGAUGUGAGUAAAUACAUAGAAGUGCCUGCUUUGGAAGAGAUUGAAGCACGCAUGCUGUUUGCACAAACUCUUGGUCAGGAAGAUAUAGAUUCUGAUCCGCAGAUCGGGCCACUGGCAAAUGAUCUCUUAAAGGAACUAAAAGGUCUGCCAUCAUACUUGAUACAUUUUGGGAAGCUAAUGCUAGGUAAAAGCAAUCCAGAGGAGUGGGAAGAUGUCAUUCGUACAGUAAAGAAAUCGAACCUUCAACAGAAAGACCCAAUUUUGGCCCGACGGACAUUCAGAAAUCUUGAGGAUGCCUCCAACAACUUGGUUGCAAGGAGCAAUGAUGUCCGUCGCAGGAUUGAGGCUGCUGAGCGGGAGUGCAUGACAUCCACGAAUGAGGUUGACAGAUGGCUUGUAAAAACGGCUACCAUCAAUUCUGAUGUGCAGAUAAUCUUUGAGGGAAACAAGUUGAAGAAGGAUGUUACUAUGGAGGCAAUUGAGAAGCUUUCUGAGGUCCAAGAAUGUCUCAGAGCUUGUCCUGAAAUUGUUGCAGUCGAGUCACUGUCGCCUCCUACCCAAGAGAUACCCGGUCCAUCUAUGUCAUUGUCUUCCGACAACCAUAACCUUCAAAAGGCUCUUCAGUUCAUUAGUGAUGACCCUGUGGGAAUGAUUGGAAUAUGGGGUCCAGGAGGAGUCGGGAAAACAUAUCUUCUGAAUAAUAUUAAUAACUCGAUUGCUGCUGCUAGAGGCAUGUGCUUUAAUGUUAUCUUUGUGACGGCCUCCAAGGGGUGUUCAGUGGAAAGUAUCCAAGGAGAUUUUCUGAAGAAGCUCGGAAUGAAAGAAAAUGGCGAUGUGGAGUCUCGACGCCAAAAGAUUUGUAAUUUCCUGAAAAACAGAAGCUUUCUUGUACUGUUGGACGACCUUUGGGAUGAAAUUGAUCUGCAAGCAGUUGGUGUACCUUAUCCCCUUGGAAUUGUAAACCAAUUCAAGAGAAAAGUGGUACUCACAACAAGAUUAAGAAAAGUUUUGGGGGAAAUGGAGGUGAGACAGGAGUUAAAAGUCGCUUGUCUGCAGGAGGACGAGGCAUGGCAAUUAUUUCAAGAAAAAGUCGGCCAAGAAACUCUUUCUUCUAGUCCUCGUAUUGAAGCCCUUGCAAGAGAACUUGUAAAUGAACUGAAGGGUUUGCCAUUAGCUUUAACAGUUAUUGGAAGAGCCAUGUAUGGCAAAGAAGAUCCGAGUCGAUGGGAAUCUGCCGUGAGACAUAUGCAACUAUCACGUUGUGAGAAAGAUGAUCGUGAGCCUAUGACAAAAAUCUUCAAACAGCUCAAAUUUAGUUAUGAUUGUCUACGAAACAACACCUUGAGAAAUUCUUUUUUGACUUGCGCACUAUGGCCAGAAGAUUGGAAGAUUCCCAAAGUUGAGCUCGCUCGGAGUUGGAUGGGCUUAGGUCUACUAGUGACUGAAGAUGACAUAACAAGUUCCUAUAGAAAAUCAUAUAGUAUAAUAGGCGAUCUUCGAGAUGCAUCUUUGUUAGACAGCUGGGGAAAUUGGUAUGGUUAUGUCAAAGUGCAUGAUGUGAUACGUGAUAUGGCUUUAUGGAUCUCCUGUGGCUGUGGUGAUGACAAUGACAAGUGGUUUGUUCGUGCACGAGUUGACAAACAUGAAAAUUUGAGCAUCCGUUGGAGUAAAGCUGAAUAUAUCUCACUUAUGCAGAACAAAAUACAGAAUUUUACUCCUUCUAACUUUGAUCCUUGUCUUGUGAACCUGAGGAUGUUAUGUCUUCAAUCUAAUUCUAUUGGUUUGGCUGAAAGCAUAGCUCAAACGAUUGAGAAUUUUACUUCACUAAAAUAUCUGGAUUUGAGCAGGAACCGUCUCAAAAGCAUACCUGAUGAGCUAUGUUCCUUGGUAAACCUAGAGCACCUCAAUUUGUCACACAAUCAUCUGAUACAGAUGCCUCACUGCUUCAGAAAUCUCAUUAAGCUAAAGUUCUUGUACCUACUGAGCAGCGGCAUUGUAAGAAUACCGAAGGGGGUCAUAUUGAACCUUAAAGCAUUGGAAGUUAUUGACUUGAGGACUUGCCAGGAAUCUGGUGGAGGAGGUCCUGGAAACUGUAACCCUGCAGUAUUUAGGGAGUUGAGCGCCCUAGCCCAUUUGAAAGCAGCUAAUAUUGAGGCUAGUGGUUUUGUUGAGUAUGAAUCACUGAGCGGUGCUGCUAACCUCCCCAUUAGGUCCUUAAGUCUAAUGGGACUCCAUGGAAGACCGUCGUUCUGCUUUUCUGAUAUUUCUUCACUUGGCUUUGUUCAAGGAACCUUGUAUGAACUGGAUAUUCUACUGAGCACGAUGGAGCUAUUCAUAGUAAGAGGCGAGUUGGCACAACUGGACUACCAUUUUCCUACUCUGAAUAAGAUCUUCUUGUUCAUGUUGCCAAAUCUGAAAGAGAUAAUGUGGAUGGGAAGAUCUCCACACUGUGUAUUCCCAAGGCUCACAUAUUUGCACGUAGGUUGCUGCGCCAAGCUAGAGCACGUCUCUUGGGUGAUUUAUUUGCCUUGCCUUGAACAACUCGAGAUAAAUUUCUGUAGGAGUAUGAAGCGAGCAAUUGUGGAGCCAAUCCAGCAUGGUACAUUCCCUUGCCUCAAGCAUCUACUUCUUUCACACAACAGUGAGUUGGUCACCAUUGGUGAUCGUGAUGUGAUGUUCCCAUCCCUAGAGCGGUUGGUAAUUCACGAUUGUCCAAAGUUGGAAGGGCCUCCUUUUCAUAAGCACAGUUUGCCACUCAAGUUGCGGGAAUUACAAUUUGAUAAGGUUGAAUACUGGGAGAAGUUGGAAUGGGAAGAAGGUGUCAAAUCUUUCCUGCAACCCACUCUUAAAUUUGGAGACGAAGGUGUCCAAUCUAUAUCCAUUCCACCUCCCUCUACACGAAGAUAUGGAUUUAGAGCAACUCCAGCAGAAUCGCGAAAUCAGAAGCCUCCAAAACCAUUUUGGAAUUCACUCCAUGACCUUAUGGAGACUGCCGAGCCUGCGCGCAAACUCAGAUUCUCCAAAACGCAGCCUCAAUAAUUUUUCCCUCUUUGUUUUUGUUUGCAUCAACUCAAAAUUUGUACUUCUAAUUGGCAUAGA